CAUCUAUAUAAGCUAAUCUUUGCUCCCUUUUUUAUUUAACUAAAAAAAUCUCUCCACCUCCAAAGCAUCUUUUUCCCUUACCUUAAUUUCUUACCCUUUUUAAAUACAUUUUUCCUACACUUACAAAAUUCUGAAAAACAUGGAGUUAAAUUUGAUUUCAUGGGUAACAGUUUUAAUAUUGGGGUUAAUUUGGGUGGUAAAUUUGGUGCUUAAAAGAGUAAAUAUUUGGUUGUAUGAAUCAAAACUUGGGGUAAAAAGACAUAAUUUACCACCAGGUGAUCUGGGCUUGCCUUUGAUUGGUAAUAUGUGGUCCUUUCUGAGAGCUUUCAAGUCUGAUAAUCCUGAUUCAUUCAUCAACUCUUUCUUCAUCAGAUUUGGUAAAACAGGAAUAUACAAGGCCUUCAUGUUUGGCAGCCCUAGUAUAAUUGUUACAACAGCUGAAACAUGCAGAAAAGUGUUAAAUGAUGAUGAACAUUUUAAGCCAGGAUGGCCUCUUUCAACUGCAGAGUUGAUAGGAAGGAAAUCCUUUGUCUCCAUUUCUUAUGAAGAUCAUAAGCGUCUAAGGAAGAUAACUUCUGCUCCCAUCAAUGGACAUGAAGCGCUAACAAAAUACAUCGAAUAUAUAGAAGACAUUGUGAUAACUGAUCUGGACAAAUGGAGUAGAAUGGGUGAAAUUGAGUUUCUCACACACCUUCGGAAGUUAACUUUCCGAAUAAUCAUGUAUAUUUUCCUGAGCUCGGAGAGUGAACCUGUAAUGGAGGCUCUAGAAAGAGAAUACACAAAACUUAACUAUGGUGUUAGAUCUAUGGCAAUCAAUAUCCCGGGAUUUGCUUACCAUAAAGCACGCAAGGCUCGAAAGAGACUCGUGGCAGUGUUCCAAUCAAUAAUAGAUGAACGAAGGGCGCUAAAAAGGGAUGGAGUAGCUAUCAGAGCCAAGAAAGAUAUGAUGGAUGCUUUGCUCGAGGUUGAAGAUGAAAACCGAAGAAAAUUGACUGAUGAAGAGAUUAUUGAUCUUUUAGUAAUGUACUUAAAUGCUGGACAUGAAUCCUCUGGUCAUACCCUGAUGUGGGCUACUGUCUUAUUGCAACAAAACCCUGAAUUUAUGCAGAAAGCUAAGGCUGAGCAAGAAGAGAUUGUGAAAAGAAGGCCUGCAGGACAGAAAGGACUAACACUGAAAGAAACCAGACAAAUGACAUAUCUUUCCCAGGUAGUAGAUGAAACACUUCGGUGGUUAACAUUCUCAUUCGUCGUCUUCCGAGAGGCAAUUUCAGAUGUGAAGAUAAAUGGUUAUACAAUUCCUCAAGGAUGGAAAGUGUUGGUGUGGUUUCGAACUUGUCACUUGGAUCCCGAAAUCUGGCCUGAACCUAUGAAGUUCAAUCCUUCUAGAUGGAAUGACCUUGUCCCUAGAGCAGGAACUUUUCUUCCCUUUGGUGCUGGGAGCAGGUUAUGUCCUGGAAAUGAUCUGGCGAAGUUAGAGAUUUUGAUUUUUCUUCAUUAUUUUCUUCUCAAUUACAGGCUAGAAAGAGUAAAUCCUGAUUGCGCGGUGCAAUAUUUACCACACAGAAGACCAAAAGAUAACUGCUUGGCAAAAGUCAUAAAGAUUUGAGCUUCUUCUCAGUUGAAUAUGCAGAAAUUGAAGCAUGGAUUAGUAACAUAAAUAAAAAUGACAGAUUGAGAGGCCUUUACAUGAAUUACAUAGGGACUCAGCUUAUAACAAAUAACUAUAGUGAUAAGAUUAAUAUUGGUAGAGUGGUCCUAUGAAUGUAAUAAAGUAUGUUGAUUAUGAUGAAUCCAUUCCACUUAAUUUAGUUUUUUCUUCUUCUUUUGAUCAGAACUUU